AUGUCGGCCACGGAUAUGGUGCAGCUGCAGUCAAGUGAUGGGGUGGACUUCUCCGUGCCCCGAAGCGUGGCGUCCAUGUCUGUCACCCUCGACCACAUGCUUCACGACAUCUCACGUAGCCAGUCAGACGAGGCCAUCCCUUUGCCCAACGUCAACGCCAAGGCGUUGGAGAAGGUGAUCGAGUACUGCAAGCACCAUGAGAAGGACGAGCCGGUGCCCGCGUCCGACGCGGCAAAGCAGGAGCACUCGGUACACAACAUUUCGGCGUGGGACAAGCAGUUCAUGCAGGUCGAGAUGGGUCUCCUCUUUGAUAUCAUUCUCGCCGCCAACUUCCUCGACAUCAAGAGCCUGCUCGACUUGGGCUGCAAGACCGUGGCCAGCAUGAUCAUUGGCAAGACGCCGGAGGAGAUCGAGCAGACCUUCCGCAUCCCCACCCAGUAG